UUGUCAUUUACUCAGCUCACACUUAGGAAAAGGAAGGAAAGACAGGGGACAGAGUCAGCUCAGCCAGGACUGUGGACAGGGAUGGACCUGAAGUGUGGCCGUUCCGUGAAGCUGAGUGAUGGGCACUUCAUGCCGGUGCUUGGAUUUGGUACUCUUGUUCCUGAAGGCGUCCCUAAGAGCAAGGCUGGUGAGGCCACAAAAGUGGCUAUAGACGUGGGUUUCCGUCACAUUGAUGCAGCAUACGUCUAUCAAAACGAGGAGGAGGUUGGCAAAGCCAUCCGAGAGAAGAUUGCUGAUGGUACCGUGAAGAGAGAGGACAUAUUCUACACCACCAAGCUCUGGGCUACUUUCUUUCGACCUGAAUUGGUCCGACCAGCCCUGGAAAGGUCCCUGAAGAAACUCCAGCUGGACUACGUGGAUCUCUUCAUUAUUCAUGUGCCCAUCGCCAUGAAGUCUGGGGAGGAGCUUCUGCCAAAGGAUGCCAAUGGGGAAAUGAUUUUAGAUACCGUGGACCUGCUUGAAACAUGGGAGGCUCUGGAGAAGUGUAAAGAUGCAGGUUUAACCAAGUCCAUCGGGGUGUCCAACUUUAACCGCAAGCAGCUGGAGAGGAUCCUGAACAAGCCGGGGCUCAAGUACAAGCCCGUCUGCAACCAGGUGGAAUGUCACCCUUACCUCAACCAGAGCAAACUCUUGGAGUUCUGCAAGUCCAAGGAUAUCGUUCUUGUUGCCUACAGUGCUCUGGGAUCCCAAAGAGACUCCAAAUGGAUAGACAAAGAUAGCCCACAUGUUUUGGAGGAGCCAGUCUUGAAUGCUAUCGCUAAGAGACACAACAGAAGCCCAGCCCAGAUUGCCCUGCGCUACCACCUGCAGCGGGGGGUGGUGGUCCUGGCCAAGAGCUUCAACGAGAAGAGGAUCAAGGAGAACUUCCAGGUUUUUGACUUUGAACUGACUCCAGAAGACAUGAAAGCAAUCGAUGGCCUCAACAGAAAUUUUCGAUUUUUUAAGUUACUAUUUUUCGCGGACCAUCCUGAGUACCCCUAUUCUGAAGAAUAUUGACUCUCAUCUGUCCACCAUGGUUCCACGAGAAUUUCUUGCUUCUGGGGGGAUUUUUGUACUUGGUGGAGGUGAUUAAAAGAAGUGUCUGAACUUUUGAAAGCUUGCCUUUAAACAAUUAAUGAAAUAAUAAAGGCUUCAAAGUAAGGAUACUAGUUUUUCCUGGCAAUUAAAAUAAUACACACCAAUUAUAGAAAAUUUGGAAAAGAGAAGGGAAAGGAACGAAAAUAAAGAAAACCUGUAAUUCACCCAUUUAAUAAUACUUAACUUUGGUGCACUUGCCUUCAUGAUUUUCCUAUACCAA